UAUCGUCUACCAAUACGGUAUGACAAGUAACGCCGCAUAGUGGAAACUUUCAACAUGUGACAUGAACAUUUAUUUUGGAGUGGAAACAUAAACAUUUCUCUUCGGAUUAAUUUCAUCUCAACGUUUAUUUUUUAGUCAAUUGUUACAACUUUUUAACCUUCAUUAUUAAUCAAGGAUAUUUGUAAAUGCAUAAAAUAUGCAAACUAAAGCUGGAGAAAUUGAUCCUGUAAUAGAAGAAUUAGUAGGUCGAGUUCGUGAGGUUGGAAAUCAUGCAAUUUGGAGUUUAUCAAGCUGCAAACCUGGAUUCGGUGUUGAUCAGCUACGAGACAACAUAACAGAAACUUAUUGGCAAUCUGAUGGUCAACUUCCUCACCUCGUUAACAUCCAGUUUAGAAGGAAGACAACCAUCAGAGACAUUUGUAUAUACACUGAUUAUAAAUUAGACGAAAGCUACACACCUAGUCGCAUAAGUAUAAGAUCAGGAACGAAUUUCAAUGAUCUCCAAGAAAUAGAAGUUAUGGAUUUAAAUGAACCAAGUGGAUGGGUGGUGAUUCCUAUUAAAGACAUUAACGAACGUCCUGUGAGAACCUUCAUGAUACAAAUUGCAGUGAUAAGUAAUCAUCAAAAUGGUCGAGAUACUCAUAUGAGACAAAUUAAAGUACACAGUCCUGCCCAAGACAUUCUAGGUCCUCCAACGCUUCAUCUGCCUGGAAAUUUUUUGACCAAUGAAUUUCAACGUUAUGCUACUAUUAGAUAAGUUCAUAAACUAUGUGAUGUUCUCUAGGAUUACUUGAAAAUAAAUUUUAUAUAUUUUCUA